AUGAAUCACAGAAUAAAUAAACGAGAACUAAAGGCAGGUGGAAAAGAGGACAAUGUAGAUGAUUUUCAUGGCCUGCCAUUAUUGCAUCUGGAAAAUAAUCCUUCGCUGCAUCAACUACCUGCACGAUCCCCACAACAACAAUUGUCAUGCAAUACUCAAGAUCCCAAACCUCACAGAGUACACCCAUCCCGACAUCAACAGCCAUUGGGUCUUAGAUAUAUCCGUCAAGUUCUGGGACCAUUGAAUCCAAGCAUGGGGGUUAAUUUAAGAUUUUCUCAUGAUUUAAAUACCAUGACUCAAAAUUGGACUAGGGAAGAAUUUGCAUCAAGCAGAAGGUUGGUUAAAUUUGAAUUUCAUGAUUCUGAAAAUGCCAUUCAAACAGUUAGUUUCCAGCCAGUUACUUCACAAGCUUCAGAUAAUUCCGGUCCAAUAAUAUCGUGCAUAUACUGGAAAGAAAAAGAUCGUCAUAUUGCCACUUCAGUUGAUAUCAUUUUAAUACUUGAAUACUUGGUUAAUCAGAGUUUUGGAAUUGAAGAAAAGAAUAGAAUCAGACGUAAUCUUCAAUCGUUGAAACCAACAACUGUGUCAAGGUCUAACAAAGAAGAUUGUGAUUUCUUCAAUUUGAUUAUGAGUAUGGAGAACCCUCGUCCACGGAAUAUUGAAAAGGAUUUGAAAGUUUUCAACUGGGGAGACUUGGGCAAGGCCAUUGCAAAAGUAAUGUCAAAAUAUUCGGUCAUUUCUCCUCAUGGUCAAAUUCCUCUUGAUUCACAGAAUCAUUCUAAUUCCAGAUUUGGUAAAAAUUAUGAUUUGGUUCAUGUUAUCCCCAAUUCACCUUCAAUGAUUAACAAUGACAGUAUGUUAGCAUGUGAUCGGCCAAUUCAGCCAACGAACCCCAUGCUUGGUAAUUCAUAUGAACGUCAAGCCCCACAAUUUCAAUACCAUGGUUCCAAUGUUCCAUUACAAAUUCCUCUACCCCCAGUUCCACAACAAAUAAUGUACCCUCUGGUGGUAACACCUCCAGAACAUUAUCAACCAUUUAUUCCAUUCCAGCAACAGCCUAAUUUUUCUCGGUUUCCUCACCCUCCUGGUACACAAGUACUUCCGCAACCAAUGGCACCUCCACAUUUCCUUCAACACCGACCGCAGGUAGAGAAUGAAUCAGUACUUAUUCAUACAACCAGUGGAGAUCGAAGUAGCUCGCAAAGAAUGAAUCAUCAGUUCGUACUGACACCCAUGAGAACUAAUUAUUUUUCAACUCAACAUCAUCCUAUUUCAAGCACGGAUAUAAACAGUGAAGAAUAUAGGAUAUCAUUAGGGAUUGGAAACGAUUCCAAUUCGAGUGUAAGCUCAUGCAAUACUGAUUUCCCACCCGAGGAAAAUCUCUUGAAUAAACAACAAGAGAAGAACAACUGCGACACCCUCGUUUGUGAAAAACCACCGGAACCAACAGUGAGAAAUAAAUUGCCUUCGAUAUCACAAAUCUUAAAUUCAGAUAUUCAGGUGACUUGUUUAUCACUUCCACCGAUUGAAACUGGCGAAAGAUUACCUUCAGUUAGCAAAAUCGAGAGUUGGAAAACCUCGUAG